AAAGGCCACUUGGUUGGGUGGGUGAUCUUGCCGCGAAACGCGCCUGCUCACUUGCUAAAUCUUCCGUGUGCACGGAUUUGCGCCCCUGCGCCUCUGACACCCCACCUUUGUCCAAACUAUGUGUAUUGUGGCAGUGACGAGGUUUAUUGCCUCGUAGCGGCGGAGGCGACGGUGUACGCGGCAUGGAUACACACGAGACGGGCACGACGGAUGAUGCAGCGAGGAUCACCUCCGUCAGCUGAUCGAAACCUGCGCAAGCGGGCAGUGCCCCUGCAGCUACACCCGGUGGUGCCAAGAUGGCCAGCCUGCAGACGGCCUACCGGGCACUGCCAUCGGACGACACCGAGCUGGAAGGGCCGCACGAGAGCAGCUUGCUCAUCCACACCGUGCCAGACAGCAGCCGUACACGAUGGAACCACGUGGAGGACUUGGAUUCUUUCUUUACGAGGGUCUACCAGUACCAUCAGAACCAUGGGUUCACCUGUAUGAUGCUUCACGAGAUCUUGGAGCUAACGAAGUUCGUGUUUGUUGUGGUGUUCUCGACGUUCCUCAUCAAUUGUGUGGACUACCCUGUGCUCUUCCGGAAUAAGCCGCCGCCCCACAAUGGCACCAAGGUCACCAUGAGUGAUGUGGUCAUCCCCUCUGGGCAAUGUGUUGCUAGGUUUGGGUUCUUCACAUGGCUGAGUCUGGUGGUGGCAACUGUGUACUGGCUGUUCAGAGCCAUCCGCGUUGCCUGUCACCUCAUCCAGUUCAUCGAGAUACGCGCCUUCUACGUGCAUGCCCUGCACAUAUCUGCGGCAGGCUGUGAUGGCCAGGGAAGUUUUUGGAGGAGCGACCUGGACAACAUGACAUGGCACGAAGUGCAGCGUAGGGUGCUGGAAGUGCAGAAGGACCAGCAGAUGUGCAUCCACAAACAGGAACUGACGGAGCUCGACAUCUACAACCGCAUCCUUCGCUACAAGAACUACAUGGUGGCACUGGUGAACAAAGAUGUACUGCCACUGCAUUUCACACUGCCCCUGCUCGGCUCCGUGGUGUACCUCACCCAGGGGCUCAAGUACAACCUCGAGCUCAUCCUCUUCUGGUUCCCGGGCGCCCCCUUUGAGAACACCUGGCACCUGCGGGAGCAGUACAAGCGGCCUGCCAACCGGGACCUCCUCGCACAGCAGCUGUCCAGGCGCAUCCUGUGGGUGGGUCUGGUGAACCUGGUGCUGCUUCCGCUGGUGCUGGCCUGGCAGGUGAUGUACUUCUUCUACAGCUACACUGAUCUCAUCAAGCGAGAGCCAGGUGUGCUCGGUCUGCGGACCUGGUCUCCUUACGGGCGUCUCUUCCUGCGGCACUUCAACGAGCUCGACCACGAACUUAACACGAGAUUAUGCCGUGGCUACCGACCUGCCUGCCAGUACAUGAGCAUCUUCUCUUCUCACAUUGUCAUCAUCCUUGCAAAGAGUGUGACUUUCUUUGCGGGGGCACCGCUGGCGGUGCUGCUGCUACUGACAGUGAUCGACGAGGACGUGCUCUCCGUAGAGCACGUGCUGAUGAUCGUCACGGUGCUUGGCAUCGUCGUGGCCAUCUCCCGAAACCUCAUCCCCGACGAGAACCUGGUGUGGCGUCCCGAGCGGCUCAUGACCAGCAUUCUUGCCCAGAUCCACUACAUGCCCGACCACUGGAAGGGCCUGUGCCACACGACCGUCGUGCGGGAUCAGUUCGCCCACCUGUUCCAGUACAAGGCCAUGCGCAUUCUGGAGGAAGUGGUCAGCCCGGUGGUCACCCCUCUGGUGCUCAUCUUUGCAAUGCGGCCUCGAGCGCUGGAGCUUGUGGACUUCCUGCGCAACUUCACCGUGGAGGUGGUGGGUGUUGGGGACGUCUGCUCCUUCGCCCUCAUGGAUGUCCGCAAGCAUGGAAGCCCACAGUGGAGGCCUGGUGAUGGCGGCGAGGACGACGACCACGGUGGGGCGGGAGCCGCUUCCAUCGUCGAGCCGCAGCCCGAACAGCGGCAGGCGCAGCACGGAAAGACUGAGCUCUCUCUCAUGCACUUCACGCUGACCAAUCCCCACUGGGUACCACCCGAGGGAUCCACUGCAUUCAUCAACAACCUCAAGGAACGUGUGUGCACAGAAGCAACACGCCUGCCUGCCCUCCACCGAGAAGACAACGUCCUGUUCAACUCUCUCAACUCACUCUCGGGCAUCAAUGUUGAAUACUCUGAGCUGGUGUCAAGCGUGUUGCGGAACAACGGGGCACUGGGCAGCAAUGUUGGCGGAAGUCUGGUGACCUCGCGCAUGGUGCACAGCGACCUAGGCUCUGCAACCGCAGCAGCGCAAGGAUUGGCGGCAGGCGAGCGCAUCCGUGGUGGCAUCUCGCGUGCCGAGGGGCCCUUGGCGACACCUAGCCACGCAAGUCUUCUUAACAGCAUCUGUGUCAGCAACGACCCCUACAGUUCGUCCGUGGUGGGUCCGGAGGUGUCGCUGGAGUCCACUGCAGCCAACAUGAGCUUCAGCACCCUGUUCAUGCACGAGCUGCACCAGCGGCACCUGCGGGUGACCACAGGGCGUUCCCUCGGGCCAACGCCGCCUCCUGCUUCGGUCAUGGACCCGGAGUCUCACUCGCGGCUGGUAUGGCAGGGACUCCCCCACAUCCUCGAGUCUCCUCAGGAAGGCAGCGGUGAGGAUGGUGCGUCGUCCUCCACCACGAGGCAGCCAACGGCAGGCCGGGAAGCUCGCCCCCCGCUACUGCCCAGGCCGUGCACAUCUUCACGUGUUGAUGGUGACGGGAGAGGCUCUUCCACCGUGGAGAGGACAGUGCGGAUCUAGUCUGAAGUGUAUGCCUCCACCACUUCUGUUGCCAGCUGCCAAACUGGCAGCCAUUGUGCCGUCCAGCGCAGCAGCUCCUUUCAUGAAACAAUACGGACAACCAGACUUGACAGCAACUCAUCCCUCCUUGGAUGAGAAUGCGUUGGUAAAGUCGAGGAGCAUGCAAGAAACCACACCGACGUGUGCCACUACUGCUUCCCUGGCCAACCCUUUUUAUCUGCUCACCCGCGCAUCGCCUGCUUUUGAAGCCUCGUGCAUCUUGCCAGACUGCUCAUCAUGCUAAGACCCACGUGCGUGGAUUCUAGGUGCUACUCCAAACUGGGUCGUGUGUGGAUGACCGUCACUGUGCGCUGAGUGUUGCCGCGGUGUUGUGAACUGCACUGCUGUCAAGCAAAGUCCUUCCUAGAUUUUUUUAAAGCUCUCGCUUGGUGAACUGGCAAGAAAGAAAAAAAAAGGAACCUUCGUGAGUGGGUGUGCAACUUCGUGCAGCUGCAGAUGUGCAACAUUGAACUAAUUGCUGCACUAUUUGUGCGGUAGCGGACGUGCACUUCUGGACCGUGCUUUGCAAGUACAGUGACUGAGCAAUUUCUCUUAGGCAGUUUUAAAGGCAAAAUAGUUUUUAUUUAUCACCUCGUCCGCUGACAAGAAAACCAGAAACCCAAGAAAAACAAGCAUCUUUUUCCUGUGUAGAAUAACCCCCUCAGACCUUCUAUGUGUGUGUGCAAGUGUCUUGUGGUUUUUACAAAGCUCUUUGAAUGGACAUUGUGUGCUGAAAGCCUCUUAGCACUUGACGAAAGCCUAAUUGUGGCAAGUUUCAUUUCACCGACCUGCAGCUUGCCCAAGUGAAAGUGUUUUUUCUUGAUUGGUGCAAGCAAAUUGCAGUCUCAUCCAUAACAAAUUGGAGUCUUGUCCGAAGCAAAUUGCACUCAUCUGGAGCAAAUUGUCAUCUCAUCCUUUCUCUUUUCACACACGAAACCUCUGAAGCACAGCGUUUCUUGUGUGCGAGGUUAGGGCACAGGAGACUAACACCAAGUGUUGGCAGUUAGUCAAUGCAGUUUUUAGCUAGUUGCCACUGUACCUUUGCUUGUGCGGUCUUGUGACUGUAACACACUUUAAUGUAAAGAUGGUGUUGCUUUUUAAAAGCAUUGGCGAAUGCUGUAUUCUCGUGUAUAGCAAUGGCCUAUUUAUAAGAGCUAUUUCAAAGAAUAAAGAAUGAUGAUUGUGUUGGCUACACAA